AUGCUUACCUCCAAUGCUUUCAUGAAGAAAUCCAAUAACGAUAUUCUUAUUCGAAAUUUUCAGCUAACAUUUUCCUUAAGGAGCAUAUCUCUUCGAGGAGGACCUCUUCAGCCAUCUCGCCACAUGUCUCUUUUCACCUUGGCAACAUCUAUGAUACUUUUCUUAUCAAAGCCUAUAAAUGAUGAUCAAGUUGUUGUUGUGAAGAAUCCUCCUGCUGCAGUUGAGAAAUCCACUUCUGAUGGGCUCACGGUUGAGGGUAUAAUUGUUAAUGUUUGGAACAUAUAUGAUGAGAAUGAGAGUGAUUGGAAGAGCCAUGCAUCUGCCAUAGCUCAGUCAAUUCAUCUUAUCAAGACACGCCUGGGGGCAUUAACAGAUGGAGACCGCAAAACUGAAGUAACGAAUGUUAUAAAAAAUCAGUUUCCAACUGUCUGUCCGAGACCCAUCUCGAUUUAA